GAUCAGGCCGGCUGAAGUUGUGAAGAUGAAGUUGUUGAUGCUGGAUGGUGAGAUCGAGUUUUCAAGAUUGAGUUGAGAACUGACUUAUAUAUCUCUAAGACCUAGCACAGACCGUGGCAAACAACUGUAUUUCUCCAGACUUUACCGGGGCUCGUCGUCCUUCCGCACGAAACGCCAACUACUAUGUCGUGUUCACUGCGACGCAAAUCCCAAUCCUUUACACUUCGAUGUAACAUCCUCGUCCGAUAUGGCACGAUGGAAGUCGUCCAAUUAUUCCUUGUGAGAGUUACAGUGAAGACUCGCCGUAAUCUUAUUGCUUGUCGUCCGCGGGGGGGUGGAUUGGGUGUGGUGGACCCUGGAUCAAAGCGUAGAGCCUCAAACAUGAAAGGGUCUCGCUUCACCCCUGUCUGACCUGAUAGCGUCUAGAUCUGAUCUGAGAAUGGCAUGACACCUCGGGGAAUAGGGAGUCUUAACUGCAAUGGGAGCGUCGUCCACUGCAAGGGCUUUGAAAUCAACAAAGUUUUAGAGCUCUCGUGGCAACUUGCCUGAAUCUGUCUUGUUUUGAGAAACAUUUCGCCUAUCUCGAGCCGGACCUCGACUUCUCUUCGAAACAUCAACCUUAAUGCUAUUUUUUCUUCUUCCUACGUGUAACUUUUACCGACAUCGUUUAUUAGAAUUUUAGCAAGGGGACUAAUGUCGUCCAACAUCCGCGCGGAACAAUUUUUCAAAGUUCCAGUCCAAGAAGGGAAGACUCUUCAAGAAACACUCGAAGAAGUCGCUAUGGCGUUGCCUAUGAUCCUAGCUAUCACAAUCUGCCCUGCGUUACUGGGGACGCAAGAGGCCAUUCGUCAAAGUCAAUCCAAGAAUAAACGCGAAGAACACCGAUCUCGCCGUUGUAACCUUAUCGUAUCGUGUGUCAGGCCGUCGAUCCGAAGCCGUGACAUAGAUGGCAAGAUAGUUGUUCUUAAAGACAACAAGGUUUACAUCACCACUGAGGCUUCAUCAGCUGAGGAAGUUCAAUCAAGCCCGAUAGAUUAUGGACAUCCAUUUGCGGGAUACUACUUGCCAUAUCCUGACAAGCCAUAUGAGGGCCUCGUCAGCACUAUCAGCGACGACCCUCCUAUGCUAAACUGGAUAUAUGUGGACAAGGACACGUACGAAGUCAAGUAUGGCGUCCGUGCCGACGCACAACCCCAUAUUACUGGACCCUUCGAUUGCACCCGGCAGGACCGGCGUCUGAUCUUAGAGAGCUGGGAAGGGUUCGUCGCAGUAGAAGAGUUCCCAGGAAUCUGGGCUCUUUACUUUGACCGAGACGACGAUGGUCUAGUUACCAAAGUUCCGAUGGGAACAAGGGUGCUCGAGGUUGAGCUGACCCGACGGGAGAAGAAGGAGCGCAAGCCCCAAGUUGACCCGACCGCAGCGCAGACUCUAGAUGAGAAGAUGAAGCAACACAAGGAACAGACUCAGAGAGAAGAAGAGGAACGGCAGGAGACUAUCCGCAGGGAAGCUGAGGAGAUGGAAGCCGCGGAACGGCAACGGCAGCAACAACUAGAACAACAGAAGCAGCAAGAGGAGGAGCAAGAGCAAAAACGACGCGACAGCGAGGCUAUAGAUGAUCAGAGCGGAAACACAGUGCGGGGAAGUCUCGACCUAAGCAAUCUGCACCUCGACCCUGGAUCUACUGAGCAUCCGACAGGUAUCCCUCAUUCACCUAGUGUAGCAACUGACAACAUCUCAUUCUGGUCUUCAGCGAGGAAAGCAGAUAACCUUAGUGACACCGCAUCUGUCACUGCAGCUAGUUCAGUCGUCGACAGGCUUGACACAUUGGACGAACUUUCCGACGAGUCGGGACAACCAGGGUACAAGAAGCCAUACGUUGAGGAUGAACCUCACACCGAAAAGGCGAAAGACGAUGUAGAUACAAAGUAA